GCUGCAUAUGAGAAAGAAAAAACUUUUAUAUUAUUUUGAAAAUGAGUAAGGUUUUAUUAUGUGCAUAUGUUUUAGUUUUAAACAUAGCCCAGCUUUCUUCAUUACAGGCAACUUUGUCACCAGUUACCUCAUGUGAAAAUAACCUUGAUAUUAUACUGCUUUUCGAUUCUUCUGAAAGCGUUCAAGAUGUAUGGAGUUCAACAAUUGAUCAUGCAGAAGCAUUUGAAUAUAACUUUGUUAUAAGCAAUCAGCAUAGUCGUUUUGGUAUUAUUGAUUACAGUAUAAUUGCAAAUGUUUAUAAACACCUAGAUAGCAAUAAUAGUAAUGAAGAAACAUACCAGAUUUUAGAAGAAUUAAGAAAACGACCUCAAAAAUCUCGUAGUGCAUUUGAAAGAGGAGUGGGAUGGGCUCUUGAGCUAUUUGCAGCUGCUAAGAAGCGACAAAAUCCUGGCAAGAAGCUUUUGAUUGUAUAUACAGAUGCCACAUGGAGCACUGUACAAAGUUCAGUCAUGGAGGACUAUGUCAGUGUGUUACGCUUACAAAAAAUCGAAGUUGUGUUCUUUCUAGUAAAAGAAAUAAAAGAAAAUAAUGUACUUCACCAUCUAAUAAAUCCAGUGAGAAUUUUCUUGAUUACAAAUACAACACAAAGUGAAUUGGUACAAAUUAUCUGUGAUGAUAAAGAGUUGUUCCAACUUGAUGUUUUUCAACACACAAGUGAUGUUGGAACUAAAAAGUUAAAUCAACAACUGAUUUUGGAUCUAAUAAUUUCAAAUACAUCUUUUGGCUUAUACUCAACUAAAAACAUUACUGAUAAUUUUAAUCAUAGCAAAGAUGAUGUUGCUACUAAGGAAACUCAAGAAAAACAAAAUUCAAUAGUAUCUUUAACAACAGCAUCACUAUUUAACAACUUAAUCCCACAAUACACUCCCUACGCUUACUCAAGGCCAGAUACAAAUUUUAAAAUUGUUCGCUCGCCAUCUGAAAAAGAAUUAGCAUUGUAUUCAAACAACUUUUUACGUUCAUUACAUGGUGCACCAAAGCUGGUAUGGGAUAAUGCAUUAGCAAGUCAGUCACAAAAAUGGGCAGAUAGACUAGUGUCUGAAAAUAGGGGGUUAUAUCAUUCAGAAAGAGAUGGACAAGAUUAUGGAGAAAAUAUUUACUCAAUUCGAGGACUACCACAAUCCCAACACAUUCACCAUGCAGCAAAAUACUGGUAUGAAGGUGUGAAAUACUACAGGUUUGAAAAUCCAGGGUUCACUUGGCAAAGUGGUACAUUUACGCAAAUGAUUUGGUAUGAUACCAAAAAAAUUGGUGUGGGUGUUGCAUUUCGACCAGAUAUACAAACUACCAUCAUAGUUGCUCAGUACUCACCUCCAGGAAACUAUUUAAAUCAGUUUGCAAAACAAGUGAGGAGACCAUUAGCAGGAUUACCUGCACGACUACCAGAAUUAAAAGAACUAAUUCCGCCUUACAUGAACAUGCCGCGGUAUGAUUUAUGCGCUAAAGGAAAAUGUCAAUAUGGAAAAGUAAGCGCUUCUGUUCCUGAAUAUAAAAAAAAGACCUAAUGAUGGCAAUAAUAGAAAUAAUAUUUCACAAUUUUCCUGUUAGCUUUAAUAGUUGAAAUCAAGUAUAAAGAUAACUUCUGAAAUAAAAUAUUUGUUUAAAA